CACAUUGACAAACGCAGGUACCAUUUUUAGCUGUCCAAAAUUUUUUCCCCAAUCCCAAAUCGACAAUCUUUCCAACCCUUAGCAAAAAGCUAACUCGCAAAAAAAAAAAGAAAACCGACUGGAUACAAACGAGUGCAGAGGCAGCGAUGCAUCUGAAGAAGCCGUUAUGGAGCGCCGGAUUGAAUGAUAGCUCCAGGGAGGCAGAUCCUCAGGCACAGGCGUCGGCCACCGCUGUGGAGGAGUUGGUUAACUCUUUGAACAAGCAGCGCUUGUAUAGAGAGGUCACCCUCGCCCUUCGAACUAGCCUCAGAGACGCUAGCGCUGAAUUCUCCUUCCUCCGCGUCCGCGGCCUCCGCUCCCUUCUUAACUUCCUCCGAUCUGUUGUUCAGUCCGACUCCACCAUCAACCUCUUCUGCCAAACCCAAUCUAUUCCUGAACUUCAAGUGGUUCCAGUGCUGUUUCGACAUUCUCUCAAGGAUUCAGAGGAUGACAAGGUGGAAAGUUUGAAUCAUAUAUUCGGGGUAGAGCCUCUGAAUAUUACUGGUCCUUCAACGGGUGCAGAGGUUGCGCUCGCACUUCGAGUUCUGGAAGGUUGCUGUCUUCUCCACAGUGAGAGCACGGUGUUGGCUCAUAAAUACAAGGCUAUUGAGGUUUUGUUGCAUAUAUUAUCAACUAGAGGUGCAUCGGAGCAAGGUGCCUGUUUGGAUGCUCUAAUCUCAAUAAUGCUGGACUCAUCAUCCAAUCAAAUGGAUUUUGAGGUUUGUAAUGGUAUUGAGGAAGUGACAGUGCUCAUUAGAGACAAGCAAGUGGAUGAAAAUCUCAGGUUAAAAUGCGGGGAGUUCUUGCUGCUACUCAUCGGACAUGUUAAUGGGAGGGAAACGCCUCCUAUGGUUACCAUACAUGAAGACAUAAGGCGACUACUUGGUGAAAAAUCGGCUUCCUUGAUAUGGGCUGCGAGUCAAUUUGGCUCAACCCUUGACCCGGAGCAGAGGUUAACUGCCUUGCAUAUCCAAGCUCGCAGGGUGCUCGAGUCACUGGAUCUGUAUUAAUUUUGAAAACAUGGUUUUACCUCUUGAAAUUGUUUCGUCAACUGUUAGUAUUUGCUCAAAAAAAAGGUUUCCGAAA